UCUCUCUCUCUCUCUCUCUACUGAAUCUUGAUUCUUAACUGAACACUGAUAUAGAAAUCCAACCCCAACCUAGUAUUAGGUGCCGAGAACUUCGGUUUGAAGUGAAAGGAGAAACAGAAGAGCACACAAGAAUUGGUUUCCUGUUAUGGAGAAGAAAUCGACACACUUAAGAUCCCCUCCAUCGUCAAGUCUACCACUUCGGGAAACUCGCUCGCUGUCAGCUCAAGUGGAAUCGAAUGAAAUGCGACCACCAACCCUUGGUAGCUCACAAGUUGAAACAGAACCAGAAGAAACAGAACCAGAAACAGAGUCGUCAAUUCCUGUUAUUGGUCAAGUUGAGUAUAAUUCUGAAGGUGAUGAAGUGGUGGAUACAAGUAACUUAAGGAGUGUCCAAUGGCAGAAUUUUCAAAAGAUCAAAGUUACAAUAGGGGGUAAGACGCAAUAUAAAGCAAGGUGUUUGUAUUGUAAUAAAAAGUUAUGUGCGGAAUCUAAGAGUGGAACAACACAUUUGAAAGAUCACUCGAACUCUUGUUUGAAAAAAAAAAUGGUUGAUAGUAAGCAAACAUUUUUAACACCUAGUGUUAUGAUGGGGGCGGGAAAAAGUAGCACACUCCAAGCUUAUGCCUUCAAUCCAGAUCAUGCUAGGAAUCAACUAGCUCACAUGAUAAUAAUGCAUGAAUACCCUCUUAGCAUAGUGGAACAUCUUGGGUUUAAGAGAUUUUGUUAUGCUCUACAACUUUUGUUUCAUGUGUUGAGAGGAUGA